AAUUAAUUUUAUAUUGCAUUUUAGGUCGAAUAAUAAAACGAGACAUUUAAUUAAUUGAUGUCGUUAGAAACCACAAAACUAGAGGAUAUACGACUAUAUGAGCAAUGAACGUCGCACAGCACGCUUAGGGUUUUAUACUUUUACGCCAAAGUAAAGAGACGAGGGGUUUUGGCGUAAGAGCAAAGACACAAAUCACAACGAAGUAGAAAGCCGGCGAGACACAAAGAUGGACAAGAGUAUGCUUGGAGACCUCGAUAAUCUUCCUGAAGCAGAUAAGAUGAAAAUGGCUGCCAUGAUCGACCAGCUUCAAAUUCGUGACAGUCUAAGGAUGUACAAUUCGCUGGUUGAAAGAUGCUUCACGGACUGCAUUGAUAGCUUUAGACGGAAAACUCUUGACAAGCAGGAGGAGACAUGUGUCCGCAGGUGUGCUGAGAAAUUCUUGAAGCACUCCAUGCGUGUGGGUCUGCGGUUUGCUGAGCUCAACCAGGGUGCCCCUACCCAAGACUAGGCCUUACUCUUUAUUGUUGAAUCCGGGUUUAUUUGUAGCAAAAACUAUUGCAUUGUUUUCUAGUAAUAGUUGGAAUUUGUCAAUUUUAUUUGGAAUUGGGACCUUAAUAAGCUAUGUUAGUCUUCAUUUUUCUAGGAUGAUGUAUUGAGCACGCAAUUUUGGAGUUCCAAACCAUGUUGUGACUAUGUUCAAAAACUGUGAUCUCAGUUGAAUGAUUAUUGCUUCAAUUUAGAAUA